AUGAAGCAGUCUCUACAAGAGGACAGGUCGGAACUAGUUAAGAAAUCAAUCAGUAAACCUGAUGAAACAGCUGUUUCACCCUGGUUCUCUCAGCCACCGUCAUCGAAAGAACCAAGUUUUGUCCAGGACACUGACCAGGAGAAAUUAGUUACUCAUAUUCAUGAGAAAGAAAAAAUUAAGAUUACUAUUCACACAGUAGAGAAAUGUUCAACAAAUCAGUCGCCACUGCCACCGCCGGCUGUUGUUGACACAAACAACCAUAACAACAACAACCAGAUCGAAGACAUCCCACGGAAGGAUGUUGUUGUUCACCAUCAAGAAGAAAGCAAUGACGAGAUCAGACUGGUGACAAAUACUGUUAAAAUAAUUCCUGUAAAUCAAGAAAAAUUGAACAGACGAAAACGUAAGUAUACAGAUGAAAGAUGUGAAGAUCCGGCUAGCGGGCGAAGUGUUCCUACAGCCAAUGAAGGCGAUAAAAUCCCUACAGAUAACUCAAACAUUAAUGCUACAAUUCAUCAGACAAUAUAUAAUGAAACGCUUGUGAUUGAUCAAAGUAAACUUGACCUUGUAGAGCACUUGAAACCAAAUGAUGAAGAGAUGCACUCCACCUCAUCACCAUCCUCUGUUGUUGGACAGUUGAGUCAACACCAUCAGCAGAUGAAGCCGCAACAAGAACAGUCACCAACGGAACAGCCUCAUAUAAAUAUUUCGAAUAAAUCCACGAAAAAGCAUAAGAAAAAGAAGAAACAUCCGUUGGAGGCGGCACCAGAACAGACUACAGAGACAGGUACUACUGACGUUCACUGUGAAUCAACGCCGGGUCUUGUCAGAAGUGAAUUGAAUGAUAUAGCCAUGCUUGUAGACGAGGAGUGUUUGAUCAAAGCUUCAGAGGAAACAGUGAUUCUUGAAAACUAUUAUCAAGAAAAUGUAACUUUAACUACUACUACUAGUAGUAUGAAUAGCACCCAGCCUGAAAAUGAAAACACCGGAGAAGCUGUUAAAGUGAUGGCUAAACCAAAAUCACCCCUUAGUAAUAAUAACACUGAAGUGCACUUCACAGGUCUUGUUUCCUCGAUGUCUCCAAUGACAUCCGUAUCAGCUAUGAGCAUGUCUAUAGAUAGUGGACACAGUGGAUCGAAUGACACGACACUCUCCUUAGUAGAAAGAACCACCUUGGAGACAGACACUUCAUACACUACUAUGUCAGUAAGUCCACAAGUAUUCGAUGGUAGUAGUAGUCGGAUAUCUACGCCUUCUUCAACAUCGACUAGCGCGAUGAUGGUGCCUGAAUCGAAUCAACCCUCCAAGUGGUUGUCCUCUGAUGAAGUAGGAGUAGGAGUAGUACCUCAAAAACACGGUGACAGCUGUGUUGGAACCUCACAUGAUCAAAAGAUUCCCAAACAAGAAGUGACUGGAAAGAUGGAUUCUCAUCCUGAUGAUGAAUUUAUCCAAAAGUCGGUUAUCCAGUCGUAUGCUGUUCACACUAUUAAACAUGAUUUUGUGAACAGUGUGAAUGACGGUACUACUGUCAGCCCGAUAGAAAACCGAGAAACACCAGAAUCGCUGAUUAUUCCAAGGAUAAUUAACUCAAUGUCUACAAAAACACCUCAAGAAUUUGAUCGCGACACUGAACCGGCACCACUUUCAACAAAACUAUCAGAGAUUGAGAUAGCUCCUACACAAGUAGUCAGUAAUCAGUUGUCAAAGAAGGAGUCAAAGAAAAGCAAGAAAAAACAUCAAAAAAUCGAUAAGGAGAUCAAUAAAACUGUAGAUGCUGACUUCAGUACAACCGACAACUUUGAUCAGAUGAUAUCAAUUCCAGAGAGUCCUGCACUAUCUGUUGAAGAGGAAAAAUGGCGGCAGGAGUCGUCGUCAUUACAAGCUACAGUUGUAGAACAUUUUCAACAGACUAUUGUUUUGAAUACCUCAAUGGAUGAGGUGAAAAUACAUCCGACGGACACCACCAUGUGUGAAGUGGAUGGUGAAGAUCUCGAGUUAGGUGUUUCCGUGUUACCGGCGACCGAUCAGGCAUCGAAAAAAGAAUCAAAGAAAAGCAAGAAGAAGCACCACAAAAUCAAUGAAGAAAUCGAUAAAACUGUAGAUCUUGACUUCAAUACAACCGACAGCUUCGAUCAGAUGAUAUCAAUUCCAGAGAGUACUGCACAGACUGUUAAAGAGGCAGAAUGGCAAGAGUUAAAUUUACCAGACUGUCAGACAUCAUUACAAGCUCCAGUUGUCGAACACUUUCAAAAGACUGUUGUGAAUACCUCAAUGAAUGAGAUGAAAAUACACCCGAUAGAUGACACCGUACAUGUUGUAGACAUUCAGUCAGAUAUUUCCACGUUGCCAGUAGUAACUGAGAUAGAUUCUACACCAAUAGUAGUAAAUCAGGAGUUGAAGAAGGAAUCGAAGAAAAGCAAGAAGAAACAUCAAAAAGGCAAUCAGGCGGUCGAUAAAACUGUCGACCUCGACUUCAUUACAACUGACAACUUUGACCAGAUGAUGUCAACUCCAGAAAGUACUGUACAGCCUGUUGAAGAGGCAAAAUGGCAAGAGUUAAGUUCUACAAACUCUCAAACAUCGUUACAAACUCCAGUCGAAGAACAUUUCCAACAGACUAUUGUUUUGACUACCUCAAUGAGUGAGAUGAAAGUACACCCAACGGAUGACACCGUAAGUGAUUUAAGUCUUCAGUCAGGUAUUUCCAUGUUACCACAAACUGAGUUAGAUCCUACACCAGUAGGAAAUCUGUCAUCGAAGAAGGAAUCAAAGAAAAAUAAGAAAAAACAUCAAAAAACUAGCGAGGAGAUAAUCGAUAAAACUGUAGUCCCCGACUUCAUUACAACGGACAACUUUGACCAGAUGAUAUCGCUUCCGGAAACGUCACUGCAAGUGCCGAUUUUAAAGCCUUCGAAUCAAAUUGCUGAUAAGUUGAAACUAUAUCCGAUGGACACCACCAUGAGUGAUGCUGCGGCUGGUGAACAUCUCCAGUCAGAUGUUCCCCCCAUGUUACAGAAAUCUAUUAAACCAACAACUGUAGCAGGAUUGAAAACUACCCCGUCAAUUGAAAAGCUUUCAGAUGAAAUCCAAAUCAGUUUCUGUGAGACUACGACAGUGAUUACUGAAACCAAUCAACCUAAAGCCUCCAAAAACAUAAAUAAGUCGACAAAACCUACUAAGUCUUCAAUACAGAGUAGUAGUAGUAGUGUGCCGACUAAGAUACACGGAGAGUUAGGCGAUGCAGUUAACCAGCUACUUCAAUUACAUGAUCCAGAGUUGUUGAACACACAGACAAACAACCAAUCAUCAUCAUCAUUAUAUUGA